AAAGUGUACGGGAGGAGAAAAAAAAAGAUUAAAGGGUGGUAAAAACAUUAAGAUGUGAUGCGAUGUGUCGAUUUCAAAAUUCGCAAUUCAUUUUCCUCAUCCUUCUACUUUUGGCGUCAUAUAACACAAAGGGUGUUGCAGCAAGGGGAACGGCAUGUAGUUGCAGCGUGAACCACUUCGCUUGUACCACACCCUUAUAUGGCAAUUGCACGUGCAUUCCUGUUAGAUGGAGAUGUGACUCUGACGAUGAUUGUGGGGACGGUAGUGACGAAAUUGACUGUGAUGCAGCUGCAUGUUCACGUGACAUGUUUAUGUGCAACAGUGGGAAAUGCAUCAUCACAUCCUGGUGGUGUGACGGCGAAAAUGACUGUGGAGAUUAUUCCGACGAAACUGAUUGCAGUCCAAGGAAUUGUUCUAAAAAGGAAUUCCCAUGUGCCAACGGACGCUGCAUCCCAUCUGAUUGGCGGUGCGACGGAACCAAUCAGUGUGGAGAUAACAGUGACGAAGAUUGCUCUGCUCAGUCUUGUGCUUCAAAUGAGUUCCGCUGCAAUGACGGUGGUUGCAUCAUAAUGGAUUGGACAUGUGACGGAAGCGUAGAUUGCCAGGAUGGGUCAGAUGAAGAUGGAUGCCAUGAAGAUAACCAGCAAACAUGUCCACCCAAUCAACUGAAAUGCGUCAACAGCAGAUGUGUGUCAGAGUCUUAUAUAUGUGACGGUGACAAUGAUUGUGGGGACUGGACAGAUGAAAGCAAAUGUCCGGGGGAGGCAGCGUGCAGGGAUAGGGAAUUUCGAUGCGAUGACGGAUUAUGUAUCAAUGUUGAUUGGAAAUGCGACGGAGAAAAUGACUGUGAUGACAUGUCAGAUGAAAAGGAUUGUCAAAUGCCAGAAUGUGGUGAAGAGGAAUUCCAGUGCAGAGCUGGUAGGUGCAUCAAAAGACAGUGGCGCUGUGAUGGAGAAUUCGAUUGCGCUGACAACAGCGAUGAAGAUGGAUGUGCUGCUGAUGAAUGUGCAGCUGGACAAUUUCGAUGCAAUGACGGUUCUUGCAUCAGUCAGUUGCAUGUUUGCAACGGAGAGUACGAAUGUCCAGAUGGAUCAGAUGAGUUGGAAAACAGAACGUGCAAAACGGGAUCACCAUGUCGAGAGGACGGGUUCCCAUGCCAACAUUUGUGCCUUUCGACUUCAACUGGACCAAGAUGCGCCUGCAAACACGGAUAUCACCUUGCUCUGGACAGGAGAUCCUGUAGAGAUAUUGAUGAAUGUCAAGUGGAAGGAACCUGUAGUCAAUUUUGUGAGAACACCGUUCCUGGUUAUAAGUGUACCUGUGUUGAAGGUUACAGACUUGGAACAGAUAAAAGAAAGUGCAAAGCAACAGGUCCUGAUCCAUACUUAAUGUAUGCAAACAGAGCUGACAUAAGGAUAGUGUCACUAUCGAGCAUGGAUCCACCAUCAAAAGUAUUAAGUGGUUUACAGAAUGCCAUAGCUGUCGAUUUCCAUUAUGAAAGUGGACGCAUAUUUUGGUCCGAUAUAACUACCGAUGUGAUACGAUCUGCAUACUUUAAUGGCUCAGGAGUGGCCGAUGUGAUUACCUAUGGCCUAACAAGUCCUGCGGGUCUAGCUGUCCAUUGGCCAUUAGAGAAAAUAUUAUGGACUGAUUCAGGCACUUCAAGAAUUGAAGUUGCAGCAUUUGAUGGGUCGAUGAGGAGAGUUUUAAUUUGGAAAAAUUUGGAAAAACCGCGGGCUAUAGUAGUUAACCCGGAAGAAGGAACACUCUACUGGACUGAUUGGGGAAGUCGACCCAGAAUAGAAAAGGCUAUGCUGGACGGAAGUGAAAGGAAAGCUAUUGUGGAUACUUCUCUGUUUUGGCCGAAUGGUUUAACAAUAGAUUAUCCAUCUCAAAGAUUAUAUUGGGCUGAUGCUAAGCAUCAUGUCAUUGAGACUUCAGCCUUAGAUGGAAGUGGACGAAAAAGAGUUAUUGAGAAAGAAUUGCCUCAUCCCUUUGCCAUAACUGUGUUUGAAGAUCAUUUAUUUUGGACUGACUGGCAAACUAAAAGUAUUCAUCGGGCGAAUAAGUUCACGGGGAGAAAUGCAACUACGCUUCAUACUAAACUGCAUUUUCCUAUGGACAUUAUAGUUGUGCAUCCGUUAAGACAACCCGCAGUUCGAGAUCCUUGUGCAGAAGACAAUGGUGGUUGCAGUCAUUUAUGCAUGCCCAAUAAUGUAUCAUAUACUUGUCUGUGUACUGUGGAAGCACCAGUGCAAGUUGAUGAAAAAACUUGUUCCAAAGAAUGGUCGUCAUUUUUAAUCUUCACGCGUCGUACAGACGUACGCUGGCUCUGCCUAGACUGUGAGGAUGACGCUGAUGUCGUAUUUCCUUUCCGUAAUAUCAGCAGCGCUGGUGCUUUGGAUUUUGAUGCAGAAACCGAAACCAUCUACUGGUCAGACAUCACAAACGAUACGAUUUCAAGAUCUAACAUCAAUGGAUCCCAUCAACAGGUAGUGAUCAAAAAUACAUUGGAAAGCCCAGAUGGACUAGCAAUUGAUUGGAUAACGCGAAAACUUUACUGGACAGACUCAGGAACUCACAGAAUCGAAGUGUCCAAUCUCGAUGGAGCCAUGAGGACAAUCCUCAUUUGGGAAAGUCUUGGCAAACCACGGGACAUCGUUGUCGAUCCAACAUCAGGAUUUAUGUACUGGACCGACUGGGGCGAUUAUCCGAAAAUCGAACGUUCUGGGAUGGAUGGAUCACAGAGGACAGUGGUCAUUGACCGAAAUCUUACUUGGCCGAAUUGCCUUGCUAUAGACCAGGAGAGAAAAAAACUGUAUUGGACAGACGCUGGAACGAGGACAAUAGAAAUGGUUGAUUAUGAUGGCAGAAAUAGACAAGUUCUUAUUAGCCUGGCUUUGCCUCAUCCUUUUGGUUUAGCCUUGUAUGGAGAUUCCAUUUAUUGGACAGAUUGGACUGAACAUAAUAUUCAGAGCGCAAAUAAAGUGUCUGGAAAAGAUAGAAAAAUAAUAUUUCAAGGAUUAGAAAUUUUAUUGGAUGUACAUGUUUUCCACCGCCAAAGACCGAAUGUAACUAAUGAAUGCAAGACAAAUAACGGAGGAUGCAGUCAUUUGUGUCUAAUGGCCCCAAAGCCAGCUGGAUUUGCGUGUAAAUGUCCCACUGGAAUAUUGCUUCAAAGUGAUAAAAAGACUUGCGCUAAAGGGAUGAAGAAUUUCCUGAUCAUGGCGAAAAGAACAGAUAUUCGAAAAAUAUCCCUAGAUGUCCCGUACACGGCAGAUGUUGUUCUCCCCAUAAGUAAUUUGCAUAACGUCAUUGCCUUGGAUGUCGACACGAAAGGAGAGAAAAUAUACUUAUCUGAUACAGAUAAAGACAGAAUUCAAAGUUCAGAUCUGGAUGGCUCUCGAAUAGAACAUAUUAUAACUAAAGGUCUUGGCUCGGUUGAUUUUUUGGCUGUGGACUCAAUUGGUCGAAAGUUGUAUUGGACAGACGAUCAACGUAAAUGCAUUGAAGUAUCGGAAUUAGACGGUUCACACAGAAAAGUCUUGAUUUGGAGCAACUUAGACAGCCCCAGAGCUAUUGCUCUGCACUAUGAACCUGGUUUUAUGUACUGGACUGACUGGGGUAACAAACCACGGAUUGAGAGAUCAGAAAUGGAUGGUGGUAAGAGAGUGAUCAUCAUAUCGGACACACUGGGAUGGCCAAAUGGUUUAACUAUUGAUAAAGAAAAUGCCCAACUUGUAUGGGCUGAUGCUCGAAGACAUGUCAUCGAGGCAUGUAAUUUGGAUGGCCAUCAUCGUCGAAUCUUGGUCAGCGACGUCCCCCACCCUUACGGCAUAGCAGUGACAGCUCGCUACAUUUACUGGACUGACUGGUCAGAGCGAUCCAUACUCCGUGCAAACAAACACACGGGGAAGAACAUGGUCAAUGUUUGUGCAAAUCUGCCUAAUCUUAUGGACAUGCACAGCAUAAAGCUCAACGAGACCGGUGUGAAUAAAUGUGAACAGCAUAACGGUGGUUGCAGUCAUUUGUGCCUAAGGACAUCCUUAGGAUAUUCCUGUGCUUGUCCAACAGGGAUUCGUUUACAGGACAACGAACAGACAUGUGAAGAAGCUCCAUCUACUUUUCUUCUAUUUGCGAAUCGAGAAAGCGUGCGCCGAAUAUCAUUGGAUACUACGGAAAAUAUGGACGUAUAUUUACCAAUCCAUGAAACUUACAACACAGUAGCUGUGGACUUCGACUACCAAGAGAAAAGCAUCUACUACUCUGAUGUAAAGCUUGACGUAAUACGUUGUGCCAAUUGGAAUGGUUCGAAUGUGAAGACAAUCAUAUCUAGUGAUUUAGUGACAGCUGAUGGAUUAGCGUUGGAUUGGGUUGCCAAAAAUCUCUACUGGGCUGAUAGUGGGAGAAACAUCAUCGAAGUAUCUCGAUCAGAUGGAACUUGCAGAAAAGUUUUGAUUGAUAUCGAUUUGGAUGAGCCGCGGGCAAUAGUUGUGUUUCCUAGAAAAGGUUAUCUUUUCUGGUCUGAUUGGGGCAAACCUCCCAAAAUCGAAAGAGCUUACUUAGAUGGCAGUUCUCGUCGGGUCAUAGUGGCCACUGACUUGGGAUGGCCGAAUGGACUGACCAUUGAUUAUGAAGCCCGUCGCCUUUAUUGGGUCGAUGCUCAACUGGACCGCAUUGAGUCAUCAGAUUUGAGUGGCAAACAUCGUGUUCAACUGGUACAGGAUGUAUCGCAUCCUUUUGGAUUAACGUUGUUUGGGCCACAUUUGUACUGGACAGAUUGGCAUACAAAGUCUAUUGAAAGAGUGGAUAUAGAAGGAGGUAGGAAUAGAAUAGUAAUUAGAGACAACAUUGAAUACCUCAUGGAAAUAAAAAUGGUUGCCUUGUCCAGACAAACAGGUAACAACCCGUGUGGCGAACUAAAUGGAGGAUGCAGUCAUCUGUGCCUCUUUCGACCCCACGGGCACGUCUGUGCUUGUCCGUCCUAUCCUGAUAGCCGACCCUGCUCCACGGUGCCUGGUGAAAUAUUACCUGAGCCAACCAAAGUUGCUGACUCAGAUGAGGUGGCUACUUUAAUAGAAUCUUCAGUGCCUACUGCAAUGCCUGCAAAUAAUAACAGUACACGAUGUACUGAAGUAGAUGUCUUAAAUGGACGCUGCCAUCUAGGUUUCACUCCACAUGAUCCUAUACUACAAACUGCUUACAUAGCUUUAAGUGUUUUACUUCUACUAGUAGGGAUUGUUUUAAUAAUAGCUCUUAUUUUUUGGAAAAAGAAUAAAAAACGUCGGAAUGAAGAGUUAGAAUCGACUCUUACAUUUUCAAACCCAACAUACAGUGCCUCUAGUGGGGAUGUCUUGCCAAAUGAUAGAAAAAUAUGGCCGUGGAAAAACCAGCAUAGAAGGGAUAAAAAGCAGGCUAGAAUGACUCCCGGUGUUUGCAAAGAAGGCAAACUCAAUAACCUCGAAGUAUCCGCCCUUGUGAGCCAUAACAAAAAACUUUCGAGCUUAGAAGUCCUCCACCCUCCGGCUCCUCCGCAGAGGAUAGACAGCAGGCAUAGCUUUGUAGCCCUCGGAGCCAGUCCCUGCAAGGCCCAUCAUCUGCCCAUUGCCGGACACAGUCCCAUGAAAUACAGAACUGUGGAAACAGACAUAUGAAAAAACAAAACACAGCAAAAGAAUCCAUUCCUAUAUUAUGAAGUCAUCACAAGCCUUGGGCAACGAUCAGCAGAUUCACCGCCUUCAAGCCACGUGAAAGCACUAAUAUUGAGGAUAUAUAUAUAAACAAGAGCAUUUGCUACUUGAAUAUAAAUAUGAAAUCAACCACGUCAUACUUUUAUCAUAAUGAUAAUUACCUUUAUUGCAUUGACAUAUGAAAGAUAAUUUACAAAUGCGGUUUAAGGAUUAAAUAUUUAAAUUACCUGUUUCUGAAUACCUUGUAAAGAGUUUGGAUGGUUGUACUAGUUUAUUAUAUACGAAAAAUUAUACAAAAAAGUUCUUGUUUUUGCCCCAAAAUACUUUGUGAAGCUAUUGAAAAUUGUUCUUGAUUUUUCUAGAGUAACAUUACUUAAACAUAUUUUUGUUUAUGGAAAUGUUAGAAAAAAUUGCUUAUAUUCCCAAAUGCCUUGCAAAGUUAAAAAUGUCUAUGCUUGUUUUAUUUGAAAAUUAUAUUAAAAAAAUGAUUUUUAAAAAAAUUCAUUGUUUGAAUGAUAAAAUAAUGAUGAUGUAAGACAUUGAAAUUUCUGGUGUACAGUGAGACGUUUGUUAACUUUAGAAACUCGUAGUGAAACAAAUAAAUCGGAUUUGUACUGAUAAUGAAAGUGAUAUAAAUUCUAUAAAAUUGUUAAUUUUUGAAAAUGCUUUAAUUCUGUAGUGUAUUAUAAUGUGUUAAUGUUAGAAUAAUUAAAAAAUCUUAAUUACUUCCUAACAAUAGUUAUUAAUUCAUUAAGUUAAUUUCAGAACAUUUUUGCCAUACAUUAGUUGCAAAUCGACAUUAAAUAUUAUUGUAGACGUUUCUUAUUUUCCUACAAUUUCUUUAAAUUGCAGUUUUAAGCAAUGUAACGUAUUGAACACCCCUUAAAAUUAAAAAAGAAUUAGGGUUACACCUGAGUAUAAUGCUAAAGUAUAUGAUUAUAUGAAUAUAAUGCUGCAAAAGUUAUUCGAAUGUUUUUUAAAGAAAUGUUUAUACACUUUUCAAUUAAAUUUGUAAGUUUUAUCUAAAUU